AUGUUCUGCCUGAAGAAUUUAGGUCUUUUAAUCUCAUGUUUGAUUUUCUUCAUCAUCCAGUCAAGUCAUGGUUCUGAGAUUAUUGGAGGGAAGGAAGUCAGGCCACACUCCCUGAGUUUCAUGGCUUACUUGAAAAGUAAAAAGUCUUUCUGUGGGGGGAUAUUAAUCCAUCCACAAUGGGUCCUGACUGCUGCCCACUGCACUAAUAUUAGUGAGGUGAUCCUGGGAGCACACUCCAUCAAGAAAGAGGAAAAAGAUUCGAAACAAUUCCGAGAGGUUAAGAAUCAAUUUCCUCAUCCUGACUUUUGUAAUAUAUUAAAGGGCAAUGACCUCAUGUUGCUCAAGCUUAACAAUCCAGUGAUGGAAACCAAAACAGUGACAUUUCUCAAGCUGGGCAAAACUCUCAAAGACCCUGCAGCUGGCAGCAACUGUCUGGUGGCUGGAUGGGGAAAAACUGAAAAGAAGAAUAGGUCGGAUGUCUUGUUGUCUGUCAAUGUGACUGUGAUUGACAGAAAGAAGUGCAACUCUCGUGGUUAUUACAACCACAACCCUGUUAUUACCAGUGACAUGAUAUGUGCUGGUUCAAAUGGAAACGCUAAGGCUAGCACAUGUAAUGGGGAUUCAGGAGGGCCACUGCUGUGCAAUAAAGAGCUGGUUGGAGUCACUUCUUUUGGACCUGUAGUGUGUGGCGAGAUAAAUGGACCUGCAGUCUUCUCAUUUCUCUCCAAAAAACAACUCAAGUGGAUCAAAAAAACAAUGAAGUCAUCUGAAUUUUAA